GUUAGGAACGAGCACGUUGUGAAAUGAUUUACUAGUAUGUGAAUUUAGUUUGCAAGUGAUUUAAAUAACAGCAGCGUAUUCUUUCAGUUUAACCGGUUUUAAAACCUUCAUUGAUUAUGGAAGAGAUUGUUGUUGGUCAGUUUGAUGAUGCUGAACAAAAUAAUGAAGAAAGUAUAUCUACAGAAAAUCCAAUUUUGCUGAAAGAUGUAAACAUUGAAAGUGAUGGCAACCCAGAUGAUUAUGACAGUGAAUAUGAGGAUGAUGAUGAGGAUGCUGACUAUGAUUGGGAAGAUGGAAUUGGAGAUUUAACCAAGAAAUAUAAAGCAGCUGUCACAAGUAAUAAACAGCCCAAUUCAAGACAGCCCAAUCAGCAAGUGAAGAAAAACAUUUCAAAGUUUCAGCCAGCAGAAAAAUCUUUGCACAAAUAUGUGCAGAAGAUUAAUGUUGAGAAGUACUAUGGCCCUGACUUGUCAAGCUUUGCAGUAUCCUCACUUGCUCAGACUGGUAGAAAAAUGGAUGCAGACAGUUACCGCGGUAAGGACAAGGCUGAUAGGGCGACUGCUGAGCAGGUCAUGGAUCCGCGCACUCGGAUGAUUGUCUUCAAGAUGCUGAGUCGCGGGGUCAUGACAGAAAUCAAUGGCUGCAUCAGCACGGGGAAGGAGGCCAAUGUCUAUCAUGCUACUGCCAAGGAUAAACCUGACAGAGCAGUCAAGAUCUACAAAACCUCAAUACUUGUAUUCAAGGACCGAGACAAGUAUGUGACGGGAGAGUUCAGGUUCAGACAUGGGUACUGUAAACACAAUCCAAGGAAAAUGGUGAGGACCUGGGCAGAAAAAGAAAUGAGAAAUCUGAUACGAAUCCACCAGGCUGGGAUAAGAUGUCCUGAACCUAUAAUGCUCCGGAGUCACGUGCUGGUGAUGGGCUUCAUCGGGUCUAAUGGCUGGCCAGCUCCGCUUCUCAAAGAUGUGACACUUUCCGAGUCGAAGGCCCGAGAACUGUACCUCGAGUGUAUUCAUAUGAUGAGAUCUUUAUACCAUGAGUGUCAUCUCAUCCAUGCAGAUCUCAGUGAAUUCAACUUGUUAUAUGACGAUGGUCAUUUGUGUGUAAUUGAUGUAUCCCAGUCUGUGGAACAUGACCACCCCCACGCCCUGGAGUUCCUCAGAAAGGACUGCACCAACAUCACAGAAUACUUCCGAAAGAAUCAAGUUUCAACUAUGACAAUAAAGGAAUUAUUUGACUUCAUUACCGACUUGGCGAUUACAGAAGAAAAUAUUGAUGACUACCUUGAUAAAGCAAUGUCAAUUUCAGCAAAUCGAACUUACCAAGAUGUCUCAGAACAAGAAAAAAUAGAUGAAGAGGUUUUUAAGCACUCUUACAUCCCACGUACACUAGAUGAAGUCAUCAAUUUUGAGCAAGAUUACAGAAAGGCGAAAGCAGGCACUGGAGAAAAGGUUUUGUAUCACACAGUCACAGGAUUGAAUCAAGAUCUGUCCGGAGUUCAAAAGACCCCACAUUUGUUAGAUAAGUCACAAGACGACGGGGUCUGUGAGAGACUAAAAGGCAGUGGUGAUGCGAGUUCUGAUUCCGACAGUGACGGGUCUGGAUCCCAGUCUGGUGAUGAUGGAUUCGGUUCACAGUCUGGCAGUGAAGGAGACGAGACACACGGUAACAAACCUAUCUCAAGAAGACCAAGAGAUGAAUCUCCCAACAGUAAAAAGUUACGGAAAAAGGUGACAAAAGAAGCUCAACGAGAGAAAAGAAAAACAAAAGUUCCCAAACAUGUAAAGAAGAGAAGAGAGAAAAUUACAAAACAGGGAAAACCCAUAUUUAACAACUUCUUAAGUUGGAAGCCAGCAGAGAUGAAGUAUGAUGAUGAUGUAUUGACUGCAACAACUAUGUUUAGCAGACUUUGGAAUUUUAUUAAACGACAUCGAAAGAAAUUUAUAUUCACUGGAACGGUGGUUUGUGGAGGAUGGCUGAUUUACAAGUAUUUACAGAAAAGGAUCAAAGAGCUACGUGAUACAGAUGACAAGGAGUAUAUAACGUUGGCCAGAAAACAACAUCACUUUGAGAGUAACCAGAGAACAUGCAACAUGACAGUUUUAUCAAUGCUGCCAAACCUAAGAGAAAAUGUGGAGAGAAUCCUCAAUUCUGAACCUGUUACUGCAAUGUUGAAAUCAAAUCCAUCAAAUAAGCUUCAGCUGUGGGAAGAAUUAAAAAUACUGAGUUUUACCCGAUCCAUCACAGCUGUGUAUGGAUGCAGCAUCAUGUCCUUAUUACUGCGGGUACAACUCAACAUCAUCGGAGGGUACAUCUAUCUGGACAGCCUCUCAGGUGGAAAUAAAACAGCUAGUCAUGAUGGUAAAGCAGUGUUAGCACCGCAGCAUCUUCAGCAGCGCUAUCUUUCUCUCGUCAAGUAUUUUCUCAAUCAGGGUCUUAAAGAUUUAGCACUCUACAUACAACAGGUUGUGUCUAAGGAGAUAUCCAGUUUAUCAUUAAAACAAGGUAUAUCACUGACCAAUAUUCAUGGUAUAAUGACACACAUUCGAGAACGCAUCGAAUGCGGAAGAUCCGACUUGAUUUGCCACAUUCCCACAAUGCCUCUCUGUCAGUACAUGCUUCCUGGGGAACAAGUUAUCAGCAUGGAAAUGAGAAGUCAAGAGGAUCAGAUAUAUGAUCGACUAGUUAAUGAAACUAGGGAUAUAAUAGAAAGUACUGAUUUCCAUGCCGUGUUACAGAACUGUCUUGACCGAGGCUUCUCGUCGUACAUGGACUGCCUUGCAGAGCACUACAAGCAUCAAACCAAACCUACUUCACAUUUACAUGACGUUACAAUUCCUCUAGCCAAGCUGGUUCCAGUGGUAGACACAUUGCUGUACAAGUUGUGUUGUGAUGCACCAAAUCCUCUGAUGCAGGAAUUGCUGCUAUUGGAGGAUGUGAAGACACUGUCAGCCAAUAUUUAUGAAGCAUUUAGUGACCAAGUGGAGACAACCAAGACAGACUGAUACGAAUGCAGUUUUAUGGGUUGUUACAUGUGGACUAACAUAGGUGUAAUUUAAUACAUAUUAUGUGUAUUCAAUCAAUCAUCCAUUUGACACAUGCUUACAUUCACUGAAGAUUCAAGCAUGUCUAAUAUGUAUUGUUACAUGUGGGUAACAUACAUUUCAUUUAAUACACUUAUAUGUAUUUAAUCAAUCAACCAUUUGACACAUGCUUACAUCCACUGAAGAUCAAGCAUGUUUAAUAUGUAUUGUUACAUGUGGCUGACAUACAUGUCAUUUAAUACACAUUAUGUGUAUUCAAUCGAUCAUCCAUUCGACACAUGCUUACAUCCACUGAAGAUUCAAGCAUGUCUAAUAUGUAUUGCUACAAGUGGCUGACAUACAUGUCAUUUAAUACACGUGUAUUCAAUCGAUCAUCCAUUUGACUCAUGCUUACAUCCACUGAAGAUCAAGCAUGUCUAAUAUGUAUUGCUACAUGUGGCUGACAUACAUGUUAUUUAAUACACAUGUGUAUUCAAUCGAUUAUCCAUUUGACUCAUGCUUACAUCCACUGAAGAUUCAAGCAUGUCUAAUAUGCAUUGCUACAUGUGGCUGACAUACAUGUCAUUUAAUACACAUUAUGUGUAUUUAAUCGAUCAUCCAUUUGACUCAUGCUUACAUCCACUGAAGAUUCAAGCAUGUCUAAUAUGUAUUGCUACAUGUGGCUGACAUACAUGUCAUUUAAUACACAUUAUGUGUAUUUAAUCGAUCAUCCAUUUGACUCAUGCUUACAUCCACUGAAGAUUCAAGCAUGUAUAAUAUGUAUUGCUACAUGUGGCUAACAUACUUUCAUUGAUUACACUUAUAUGUAUUCAAUCAAUCAACCAUUUGACUUGAGCUUACAUCCAUCCACUGAAGGUUCAUUCACAUAUUAUAUGUAUUGUUACAAGUGGAAUAAUGCACAUUUCAUUUAAAACACAUUAUAUGUAUUUUUACAUGUGUAUUAAUGUAAAUUUCAUUUAAAAUACAUUAUAUGUAUUUUUACAUGUGGAUUAAUGUAAAUUUCACUUAAAAAACAGAUGUAUUCUUACAUGAGGACUCGUGUACUUUUAUUAAAAAUUCAUUAUCAUGUAUUGUCACAUGUGGACUAAUGUAUAUUUACAACAAAUCUGUCACGCAUGAUCAAAGAGAACAAUAAAUCAUUUUGUUACGUUC